AUGGAUAGUCCAUUUAUUCUACGAUGGGGCAUUAUGGGCACCGGCAACAUAGCGAAGACCUUUACCAAAGACCUACUGUUAAGUCAGAAGUGGCAAAGUGAUAGAACCAUCAGCCAUGUCGUCACAGCGGUAGCGUCGUCCUCAUCGAUGGAAAAAACGCGACAUUUUGUCAAUGAGUUGAGGUUAUCGUCUGCUUGUACCAACUAUGACUCCUACAAAUUCAUGGUCGCCGACCCAAAGGUGGAUGUGGUCUAUGUUGCAACACCGCAUUCCCAUCAUUUCCAGCAUGUUAUGCUGGCUCUCGAGUCUGGGAAACACGUCUUGUGCGAGAAGCCAUUGACGGUGAAUGCCUACCAAGCAAGAACCUUGUGUGAGGAAGCAAGAAAAAGAAAUCUCUUUCUGAUGGAAGCUAUGUGGACUCGUUUCCUACCGAUCACGUCUGAUGUACUCGAAAAGAUUCGGCGGGGUCAAAUCGGCGAGGUUCUACGCGUAGUGGUAGACACAAGCUUUGGAGACGAUGUCGAGAAAACCUGGGGCACACAGCAUCGAAUGCUCAACAGAGACCUAGCUGGUGGAGCGUUACUUGAUUUGGGGAUUUAUAGUCUUACCUGGAUAUUUCUAUGUCUUUAUCACGCUCUUCCCGAAUCAUUGCGCCAGGCUCCAUCCGGAAUUGCAGCUCAGAUGACUCUAAACCAUCUCACUGGUGCAGAUGAGGCUUCUUCUAUUCUACUCACAUUUCCUACCUCUGCCCCAAACGACGUACCGGAGUGGAAGUCCCAAGCUGUCGCUCUCACCAAUCUCCGAGUUUCAACUGAUCCGGAUGGUAAGAAUAGCGCCGGCCCAGCAAUCCGUAUACAGGGGACAAAGGGUGAAAUCCAACUGGAUGGACCGUCUUUCCGGCCCGAGAGAUAUCGUGUCAUUUCACGUUGCGAUGGUGCUGAAGGCCAAGACAUUGAAUCCGUGAAAGUGGUGGAUUACCCGGUUCCGUCUGAGGCAAAGGGCAUGUACUGGGAGGCUGAUGAGGUUGGUCGAUGUCUACGUGAUGGUAAAAUCCAGAGUCAAUCUUUACCAUGGGAGGAAAUCAUUGCAGUCUUGGAAGUUAUGGACGAGGCCCGAAGACAAGGUGGGCUUAUUUACCCUGAAGCUAUCGAGAAUGCAUCUUACUCGAGUUAUUAG